AUGGUGAGCUUGCAUAGAAAUCAGCUUGAGGAACUAAAAGAGUUGGGCUUGGAAGCCCCAAGCGAACUCAAAGUUAUCUCGAUCGUUGGUAUGGCUGGCAUCGGUAAGACUACUCUUGUUCAAGAAUUUUAUCAUGACCCACUUGCUAUCGAAUAUUUCGAUCAUCGUUUAUUUCUCACAAUCGGCCCGCAAUAUAAGUUGAGAGAAAUUCUUUUAAGCGCUUUCAAUCAAUUGGGCGGCCACCACUCCGUUGGUGAAAAAAUUCAUAUAUCGCAAUUAGCCGAUUACAUACAAAAGUCUUUACAAGAUUCAACAUACCUAAUUGUGCUCGACGAUGUGUGGAACACUCAAGCGUGGGAUAUGCUAAAACAUUGCUUUCCAUCUAGAAGAAGAUAUAGUCGAAUAAUUGUCACAACUCAAAUACUAGGUCUAGCUCUUUAUAUUUCGGGUCACAUUAAUAUCGAAAUACCGUUGCUAAACGAUGACGAGAGUUGGAAUCUACUUCGGCGGAUGGUGUUUGAUAACCAAGAGGAGUGCAGUCGUCAGCUCGAGAAAAUUGGGAGGAAGAUUGCAAAGAACUGCGAAGGACUCCCUUUCGCGAUUACCGAAGUUGCAAAGAUUCUUCGUAAGAUUGAGAAGACGGUCGAAGAAUGGGAAAUUCAAGCGGAUAAAGAAGAUCCACUCACCAUCACACUAAACGAAGACACGCCUUUGUCAAAGGCGAUAUCUUUGAGUUAUACAAGGUUGCCUCCACAUCUAAAGCUAUGCUUUCUGUAUAUGGGUGUUUUCCCAAAAGGGUACGCGGUUCCCAUCUCGCAACUCAUCCAACUAUGGGUUUCCGAGGGGUUAUUCGAACCACGAAUGUCUAUGAGCUUGGAAGAAACCAUGGGAGAGUACUUGCGUAAACUCAUCCAACGAAACGUUGUUUUGAAUAACAAGGUGAGCUCUAUAGAUAUAGAGACAACUAAAACAUGUAGACUCCACUUUACCUUUCGGAGCCUAUGCGUCAACGAAGCUAAAAACGAGAAGUUCUUCCACGUCAUAAAAAAGAUCACCGACGUUUCUGAAGAGAGCAUAAAUAGCCAGAGGCGGCUCUGCAUACACAACAACGUUGUUCUUGCCUUCGAACAAGUGCACAAACAUAUGGAAUCGGUUAAAGAUGCAUGUUCUCUUCUUUGUUUCGGCCCGAAGCAAAAGUAUCCUAUAGAUUUGUACUUACGAUUUAAAUUGCUCAAGAUACUAGACGCGGUUUCCAUCCGAUUCUACGAUUUCCCAGAGGAAAUACUCGAGUUACUUCAGUUGAGCUAUCUUUCGAUCACAUGCGAUGGAGAUGAGAUUCCACCUUCCAUAUCAAAUCUUCAAAACCUCGAAGUGUUGAUCGUCCAUCGACAUCAUAUAGUGAAAUCGUCGCCCGAUUCUCCCGUUUAUCUGCCCGAGGAAAUUUGGAAGAUGCAUAAAAUCAAACACCUGGAGUGCGUGGGGAUGGACCUUCCGGAACCUUCUUCACUAGAUGAUUCUCUUACCCUAGAGAAGCUUUCCACACUUUCAGGGGUGAGUGCCCGAAGCUGUACGGUGAAAAUUCUUUCGAGAAUCCCAAACCUAAAGAAAGUCGGAAUCCAAAUCGAAUCGGAGCAGGGGUCGUCGUUCGAAACAUUCACUUUCCUCGACGAAGAUCACUUCGCCUCUCUCUACGAAAAAUUCGAGUCGUUCAAAUGCGUCGUUGUGAACCCUAGAAUUAGCCCUAGUCACCGAUUCGCCCCUUCGAUUCCGAAUUUUCCCGCCAAAAUUAGGAAGAUAACGCUGAGCGGGUGCGGAUUUCCAUGGGAGUGCAUGAGGGCGAUUGCGUCGCUGCCGAACCUCGUAUCUCUGAAACUGCGAUGGCACGCUUUUUCCGGCCGUGAGUGGAAAACCGGCGACGGCGAAUUCCCGAAGCUCGAGUACCUCCUGCUCGAAGAUUUGGAUCUGCAGAAAUGGGAAGUCAAAUACAACCACUUUCCGCAGCUGCUGCGUCUGAAUGUUCGGCACUGCUACAGAUUGGAAAAACUCCCGCGAGGUUUCGAAUCCAAUGCGGCCCUUGUGGUGGAGGUGGACGAUUGCCGGAGAUUCGCCACCAAGCAAUUGGAAGAAGAUAUAUUUAGGUUCAACAAAUAUCACCUACAAAUUGCGGUCAAUUUUUCAUGGGAUGAUAAGAAGAAGAUCAAUCACGACCUCUGA